AUGCUUAUGUUGUCGUUUCAGGAGGACAGGCAGAGAUAUAACAUUUCUUUGACAAAAUCCAUUCCAUCAAUGACGAAUAUUCCGAAACCACGACUGUGCCGAUUGAGAAAACGUGACCCGACGGAAGAGUUUGGAUUUAAUUUGCAUGCCGAAAAGAAUCGCGGACAUUUUGUUGGAGCUGUUGAUAAAAAUGGUAUCGGUGAACGGGCAGGUUUGCAGAUGGGACAACGAAUUGUGGGUGUUAAUGGUCAGCUCAUUUAUCCAAGCACUGCUCACAAGGAAGUUGUAUCAUUAAUAAAAAAGAAUCCAUUACGAACCGAGCUGCUAGUUGCAUCAGAGGAAGUUGACCAAUGGUACACUGAAAACCAUAUGGAGUAUUCAUUUGGUCGAGUUGAUUUGUAUAAUUUCGAGAACGGUGCAUCUAAACUAGAAGAACACAGCUCAGAAGAUUGGAAAAGAAAUCAUCGAGAUUCACUGAUAUCAUAUGAAUUUGAUGAGUCUACAAAGAGAACAGUGAAAAUUGAGGAACAUAAUAUGAUGCAAUGCGAAGAUGAAUUAUCAAAGGAAUUGCUAUCGCACUAUCCAGAGUAUAAAGUCGAUGUUCUAGAAGAAAAAAAUGUUUCGCCGAAUUCGAAAACAAAAAUCACUGCAUCGGUAGCUCCAUUAAAACAAGAAGCAGAUUUGCCUCAUCAGGAUGAAGCUGAGAAGUUCGAGAGAAACGACAAAAUGGAUAAAAGUGGAAUACCUGAUAUAUUUAAGCUGAGUGCAGGUGAAGCACGCAGUCGACUAGUGAGUCGUAAGAAAGAUCCGCGACGUGACACUCAGAUGAGUUUGAAGGAGAAAUAUAAGCUACGCAAAGCUCAUUUAUAUCAGACCCAGUUAUACAUAAUCAUUGGUCAGUAUAUAUCUUGCCAGGCUCGGGCUCAGGCUCAACCCACUUCAUUCAUGUCAUCUUUCUCUUCGUCAGCAUCACCUACUUUACCAAUCAUAUCUCCUUAUCUACUGUCUUUACUACAGCAAGCUUCCCUCUGGCCACCUAUUCUGAUUCCAACACCGGCUCGAAAAUCCACAAACUCAUAUACUAUUCGGGAUAUCUUAUCCAACAAUUCACCAGUAACGCAAGUGCACUCUGAAGGCAUGCCAUUUCUACUUUAAAGAUGUAAAUGCAUUGGUAAGAAUUUGGAGUCAGCUCGAGCUCAAAGUGUCUUCAAAAAACCACAAAAAAAGAAAGCACGAACAACGUUUACUGGCCGACAAAUUUUUGAACUUGAGAAACAGUUUGAGAAGAAAAAGUAUUUAUCUUCUAGUGAACGGGGGGAACUGGCUAAGCUACUCAGUGUCACCGAAACGCAGGUGAAAAUCUGGUUUCAAAAUCGGCGAACAAAAUGGAAGAAGGGUGAAAUAGAGAAAAAUGCGACAGUUGAAGACUGUAUUAUUCAAAAUAGUCAACAAAAUGACACUGCAUGA